AUGCAUUUCAAAUCUGAUACGCCCCUUGUUGCUUUUGAGACACGGGAAAGCGAAGAAGUUGAAAACUGGCCUGGGCCGGCAUUUGCAGAUGUACAACGGCAGCGCAGACAUACCAGUCUCAUUCAAGCCGCUGCUGUACUCUUGUGCAUUGUUUUUUCUUCGGUAGCAUAUUACUUAGGGUAUCAGCAUGGUCUCCAGCAGGCGCCCCAGCUUCCAACACAUUCCAUCACAAAUGAAGGCUUCCGCCUAACACUUCGAACAUUAGACGAUGAGUUUGAUGUUCAAAACCCGACGAACCUGAAGUUUAAAGGGCAACCAAGACCGGAACUAGACGAGGCAUGGGAUGGUUUGCUGAAAGGCAUGAAUAUUCGGGUGCAUUCUUCCGAGGCGAAGCAGGCGAAUUUCACUUCAAUCGAGCUCGCCGAUAGCUCUGGUGAUGUCUUUGCUAUGCCUGCUGUGUUUCACAAUCUACAUUGUCUUAAGACAAUCCGGCACUACUUAUUCCCCAAAAGUUAUCCGGAAGACUGGGAGUAUCUUAAGCCAUCUGCCCCGGGUGAAAUAAGUCCGCACAUGGAUCAUUGCAUUGACAACACUAAUGUGUCAUGGUGA